UGUGGCUCACUUUCUGCACCCCUUCUCUCUUCCCUUCUCCCCACAUCUGGACUCCUGAGGACAGCUGGGAAUGGUGAGGAAGAAAUCCUGCCCCCAUGUAACUUGCAGGUUUUUACCUAUACUUGUGACGUGGGAAAGAGGGAGAAUGUCUACCUGACAGCUGAAAGGGUCCGCAAAGAGGUUGGUGAGGUCUCCGUCCUGGUCAAUAAUGCUGGCGUGGUUUCUGGACAUCACCUUCUGGAAUGCCCUGAUGAGCUCAUUGAGAGAACCAUGAUGGUCAACUGCCAUGCACACUUCUGGACAACUAAGGCCUUUCUUCCGACGAUGCUGGAGAUUAAUCAUGGCCACAUUGUGACGGUCGCGAGCUCCCUGGGAUUGUUCAGCACGGCUGGAGUUGAGGAUUACUGUGCCAGUAAAAGAAAUUGAGCCCUUCUUGCCCCCUCUGAAGCCUGACUACUGUGUGAAGCAGGCCAUGAAGGCCAUCCUCACUGACCAGCCCAUGAUCUGCACCCCCCGCCUCAUGUACAUCGUGACCUUCAUGAAGAGCAUCCUUCCUUUUGAAGCAGUUGUGUGCAUGUACCGAUUUCUAGGAGCCGACAAGUGUAUGUAUCCCUUCAUUGCUCAAAGAAAACAAGCCACAAACAAUAAUGAAGCAAAAAAUGGAAUCUAAGAGUGCUUUGUACGGAGUGCCAUUUCUGUCAGGAGGUUUCAGUGCACCCACAUCAGCAGUACUGACAGUCUCUGGGUUCUAACCCCAUGGCGACUUUUUUUUUCUAAUCAACUUUUUAAAAAAUAAUAAAAUGUAAAUUAACUGACUAGAGUGCUUGAAAAAUGUGAGCUUGGAUUUUUGCCAAUGGGGCCUUUUUUAGGCAGGGCCCUAAAAAUGAGUCCAGUAUUUAGACAAGCACUAUGUGACAUCAUUAUUUUUUUAAUGAACAGAAAGUCUAGAAAUGAUGACUAUAGUGUGUUUCAUGUGUAUGAUUCUUCUGGAUUCCAAAAGACUUCAUUCAUUCACUCAUUAUUGUGAAAGUCUAGCCAACUGGCACCCUUUUGCAUUCAAGGACUGACAGUGCUAUGUUUUGUCGUGUGUUCUGAGUUCUACUCACACAAGUGUGGGUGGCUUGCUCAUGGUGUCUGUGGGUUUAGCUCUUGUAAAGAGGAAUGUUUGGUGUCAGUUUGAGAUCAGUGCAGUCUGAACAUCACAGCAAGCCAGAGGGUCUCUUUCUUAUACUUAAUGACUAAAAAAAUAGGUGGUUUUUAAAUUCAAUCUCUGAAACACUAAACCGAAUGUUUAGAGACCUGGUUAAUCAAAAAUGGUUGUACAUUUUCUACCUGUGCAAUUUGCUGCACAGUGCCCUUCCCUCAGGAGCUGCAGAGUUGUGUUUGGGGGAGGGGACCUUGUCUACAAAACACAGUAGCUCUGCAAAGAAAGUUUCUGAAAAUGGGAAUUUCUGCAUUAAAAAGUCCCCAUGUUUGUGCCAACUCUGAAUUAGUGUGGGGAGCAAAUCUUGUGUGAAGUAUUGUGGAAGGGUGUAAAGAUUUCUUUGAAAGGUUUAUUCACAUUGUAGAACAGCAAAUGACAUUUUUACAGUAUUUUUUUGUAAAGCAAACUAUUUUGUGCCUUGAAUUUGGUAUAUGUGUAUUAGUGAAACAUUGUAAAAGUGAAUCUCUACCUCUGUAUCUACAUGUGUACCAUCCUCUUGUAAAUGACUAUGAACUAUUAUGUGAUUGCUUUUGUUUGUUUUAGGAUGUCUCAUUUAAACCGUGACCAAUGUUUGAGGUUGUUAAAAUAAGCCUACUUUUACUAAUCAGGAGGUUUUUCUAGAGGACUAAUUAAAUACUUACAUAACUGA